AUGCAGUCUCUUGCUGCACAUAGGUGGCUCGUAGCGCUGCUGCUAGCUGUGCUCUUGACAGCGACGUCGACCACAGCUCGAAGCCGUCAGAGUGGUCCAUUGCAGCGUAUCGCAAGGACGAGCAACAUUAAAGUCGAGACCAUCUCGCCUUCUGCAUCAACGCAACGAUCCAGCUCACAUUGGCAACCAAGGUCCAGCUCAGAGCGUCCACCUCUCCGCCUCAGCUUUCGUGCUUUCCAGCAAGACUUUCACUUGCACUUGCAGCCGAACAACGACCUUUUGCACCCCGAUGGCACGUUUGUCCGAUAUUAUGGCCUCAACGAAACCACAGGCGAGAGCUACGUCCGUUCCACCGAGACGCUCUACCCCGGCGACGUGCCCGCCUAUCACGGUGUCGUCGUGCAUGCAUCGCAGUCUUCACGCCGUCUUGACGAGGAUCGAGCCGGCGUUGCUCGGGACAUUUACCAGGAUCAAAGCCUGGGAGUUGUCGGUCGAGCAGCCAUCAUGUUGCACGACGAUGGAUCGACCUCUGGCGUCCCGUCCUUUGCCGGAAGCUUUGACUGGUUCGGCAACGUUCACCACAUCGACACGCCUAGCAGCUACAUCGCCAAGCGCCAAGUUGAUGACCCACGGAUUGAGCCACGCUCCUUCGAGCCUGGCGCCAUGGUCGUUCAUCGAGAUUCUGACAUUGCUCUCGAGCCCAGGGACGAGGUGCUCACUUCCAAUGCCACCGUCUCGAUGGGCUGCAGCUCCGACGUCCUCGACUACAACAGCCACAGUCGAUUGUUGCUGAGCGAGGACAACAACGACGCAACUAGUCGCUCGGUCUAUUCGUUUUUCAAAAUUCCCACACCAGCCCGUCUGUCUCGCCGUAAUCUUUUCUCUGGCUGGAACGACCUUUUCGUUCGACCCGUCCCCGACGGCGUCAUCCAAACACCACAAGCCGAGCAGGACGACUUUGUCUACCACCAAGACCUCGACGACUACCUCGAACCCACUUUCCGCAGGAGGCAGGCCACGGGCAACGACAUUGGCAACGGCGGCAACCAGACCAACAGUUAUGAGAAUGUCAUCGGAUCCACAGCGGGCUGUCCCAAGAGCGCCCGUGUCAUUUACGCCGGCAUCGCCUCGGAUUGCGCUCACACCGAACGCAUCGGCACGCAGGACGACACGCGGAAGGCGAUCUUGGAAAACAUGAACUCGGUCUCGAAUUUGUAUCGGUCAACGUUCAACGUGUCGAUUGGCGUGGUGGAGCUCGACGUGCGCUCGGCGAGCUGCCCUGCGACAGCCUCGCAGGAUGCUCCGUGGAACCUCGGAUGCGGCACACUGACAAUUGACCAGCGCUUGAGCCAGUUCUCGCAGUGGCGCUCGCAGCAGCCGGGCAACGGCAUCGGCCUCUGGCACCUCAUGACGGCGUGCAAUUCGGGCAGCGAGAUUGGCGUCGCCUGGCUCGGCACCGUAUGCAUGACCGGCGCUUCCAGCAGCGGCGGCCAGACAGUGAGCGGAACGGGUGUCAGCUCACUCACCCCGCAGCAGUGGCAGGUCAUGGCGCACGAGAUGGGCCAUAACUUUGGCGCGAUCCACGACUGCACGACGGGGUGUACGAGCAACUCAAACUAUGCGGUUCAAAAUGGCGGUGCGCCGUGCUGUCCGAUGUCGGCGACGACGUGCAACGCCAACGCCCAGUACAUCAUGAACCCGGCAUCGGGCGCCAACAUCCAGAAUUUUAGUCAAUGUUCAGUCGGAAAUGUGUGCUCGUUGCUGGGACAGGGCCUCGACACUUCGUGCAUCCAGGCGCCCGGCCAGCGCAGCACGCUCAGCACGGAGCAGUGCGGCAACGGCAUCUUGGAACCGGGCGAGGAGUGCGAUGCCGGGCCCAACGGAUCUCAGUGCUGUACUCGCCAAUGCAAGCUGGCGUCGGGCGCACAGUGCGAUCCUGCCACGAGCGCGUGCUGCUCCAACUCGUGUACGUUUGCGCCCUCGUCGCAAAUGUGCCGACCUUCGGUAGAUGAUCGCUGCGACAGCGCCGAGUACUGCACGGGUUCGUCGGCCGAGUGCCCUGCCGAUGUGACCAAGGACGAUGGCAGCUCGUGCGGCAACAGCCUGUCCUGUGCUAAUGGCUACUGCACCUCGCGUGACCUCCAAUGCCAGCAGGCGUCGACAGGCCAGCUCACCUUCCGCUCUGCCUGUUCGGCGAGCAACGCCAACUCGUGUCAGCUGACGUGCCAGAGCCCCAACUCGGCGAGCCAAUGCCUCAUCCUCCAACAGCCGUUUAUCGACGGCACGAGCUGCGGGUACGGCGGACGGUGCAAGAGCGGCGAGUGCAAGUCCGGGUCGUGGCAGAAUACAUUCCGCAGCUUGUACACGGACAAUCUGCGGAUUGCCAUCCCUGUGACGGUUGUGGUGGGCAUCAUUGUGUUGCUGAUCUUGCUGGCCAUCGCACGUCGAUGCUGCUGCUCAGGUCGUCGACAAGGAGGCAGAAGACCGUUUCAGCGAUCCAACGGCGGUGGUGUCAACGGAGUUGCUUACAAUGUGCCCAAGCCGGUGGGAACACCGCUGGGCAGUGAACGCAGCUCUCAAGUGCAAGGCCAAGCAGCAUACGCGGCGCCUUCCUUCCCGCCGCCGCCGCCGCACCCCAUGCGUCAAAGCUAUCCCAGCUAUGGCCCAUCGCAUCCUAAUGGCUGGGUGGAUCCGACCACGUACAACGGUCCCAACCGGCAGUAG